GGCUGAAGAAAAUUUCAACUUCUUUGUCACAUGUUUCUCUCCCAUAUGGUGGAGACUGGAGAGAGGCAUGGGCUUGAAAUGGCUGCUUCGCUCAACAUAUAUGGCCAUCGUUUUCGGGCACCCAAAUGAUGAAGAAAUAGCCCAAAAAGGAGGCAAGGGUAAGAAGCUUUCGAACGAAAAUCAGGUUGAUGGGGUGGGGAUUCCUAGUGUGGAGAUGUAUCCUUCAGGGUUCCAAAUGCCUCUGCAUUACCCUCGCUACAAAAAGGCAGAUUACGAGAAGAUGGAAGCGUCGAAGGUGGACGUGCUACUGAAAGAGUACGGUUUAUGCUUUAAGGGUACCCUUGAUGAGAAAAGGGCUUAUGCUAUGGGUGCAUUCUUAUGGCCUGAUCACUUUGAUCGGCUAUAAUUGAUCGGACGGUAUCAAAACGUGAUCUUCUACCCAACACACGUAUGUGCUGAUUUACAGCUGUCUCUGUAGAUCUUCUAAGAGGAGCAGCCAACCGUGAAUCUUCUACGCUGUCACACUAUAUUUUGAAUAACAUGUUUUGAAUUCAGAAAGUAGUAUUUAUGUUCGAUUGAUUUCUACUUACAGUAUUGUAAGAGUCAUUCGAAGGAGCAUUUCCAUAUAACAUUGUAGGUGUAAAUGUUGGGACAGUCUUGGAUAUGCAAAGUUAUAUACGAACUCACGUCGUUCCUAUCGUUUGCCUGUUUGAGUUGUUUGAUGUGUUUGUUUCCCGGAUUUACUUUCUGAUCUCCGAAUAUGUCUCUACUUUGAGAAAAUGAAUGUGAUUGUGCAUCUGUUAACUGAUGAAUGAAUGUGAUCGUGCAUCUGUUAAUUGAUGAACUGUCUUUCUGUUCAACAGUAAUUUGACAACGAACAUGCAAUUAAGGCUGUAAAAAAAUCGAGCUGCUCGCGAGUAGCUUGUGUCUUGUCUCGGCUCAACUCGUUUUUUAAUCGAGCCAAGCUCGAGCUCCACUCGUGGCUUCCUCAUAUAACUUUGCAUAUAACUAGUAACAGAAUAUGAAACUC